AUGGCCUCUGAGAUGGUGUGUGGGCUGAUCUUCAGGCUGCUGCUGCCUCUGUGUCUCGCAGCCGCUUGCCUGUUCAGGUACAAUGGCCUGUCCUUCGUCUACCUCAUCUACCUCCUGCUCCUCCCGCUCUUUGCAGAGCCUUCGAUCACGUCCAUGCAGGGCCACACAGGCCGCCUGCUGCAGUCCCUGUGCUUCACCAGUAUGUCCUUCCUGCUGAUGCACAUCAUCUAUCAGAUUACCGUCAACAGCCUCCUGGCCGGGAACUCCAUCAGCUCCGACUUCAACUGUUCCACGUGGGAGAAAUCCAUCCGACAAAUUGGCUUUGAGAGCGUGAUUGGUGCAGAUGCGGGGAACGGCAUCCGAGUGUUCAUCCCUGACAUCGGCAUGUUCGUGGCGGGCUUGUCCAUCUGGCUGCUGUGCCGCAGCCUGGUCCAGAAGAGGCCGCCUGAGGACAUGGCUCAGGACAACACUGACUUUGAAGCAGAGGAACAAGAUGAAGAGGAGAAGCUGAGCCUGGACGACAACAUCCUGCUCGAGGAGGACUUCGAGGCGGGGUACGAGGCCGAGGAGGACGAGGAGCUCGAGGAGGAAGAGGAAGAAGAGGAGGAGGAGGUGGAGGAAGAGAAGGAGAGCACAAAGAUGAAGGUCCUGCGGUUAGUCGCGGAGGUUGCGUCCAAAGUGAAGGAGAUCAUCGGGAACUUGAUCACCACCGCGGGGAAGGUGGUGGUCACCAUCUUGUUGGGAAUGACGGGCAUCAUGCUGCCCUCCAUGACCUCUGCCGUGUACUUCUUCAUCUUCCUGUUCCUGUGCACCUGGUGGUCCCUGUGCCGCACCUUCGACACGCUCAUCUUCAGCUGCAUGUGCGUCCUGAUGGCCAUCUUCAGCGCCGGACACAUCAUCGUGCUCUACCUCUACCAGUUCCAGUUCUUCCAGGAGUCCAUCCCCCCCGGCGACGGCUACAUCAGCACGUUCGGCAUCUCCCCGGUCGUCCAGAGCAACUGCUCCUACACAUGGAAGCUCAUGGUGCACCCGGAGCGUAAGUGGUUCCACUUUGUGAAUCCCAUCAUGCUGCUGCUCCUCUACUACACGCUGGCCACGCUCAUCCGCCUCUGGCUGCAGGAGCCCAUCGAGCAGCUGACGGACGACAAAGACGAGGAUGUGUGCGAGGAGGAGGAGCUGGUCGGGAACAGAACCAGUAACUCGGCCAACAGGAAGAGGCAGAUGUGGUGGGAGUCACGCCAAGGAACUGACGAGAAAAACCUCCUCUCCACCCAGGACGGCAUCAGUACGACUGAGAAUGUGCCCACCUCCAACGGGACGUCUUUUGAGUUUGUCACAACUGAGAAUGGACCGGUCUGUGUGGACUUGUACUCCACCCCCCAGUAUAAAAUGGACCAGCCCAACGACGGUACAGAGAAGAAGGAUGAGUGUGUGUACGAAGUUAAUUUACCCCCGGAGGAGUCGGGGCUGGACGACGGAGAAGAGAAGACCGAGGAGGACGAGGACGGGAUCAAGCAGCGAGGAGUCAGCGCCAUGGUCAAAGUCUUUCACUUCAUCAUGAAGCAGAGCUACAUCUGUGCUCUCAUCGCCAUGAUGGCCUGGAGCAUCACGUACGUCAGCUGGUUGACGUUCGUCUUCCUCAUGUGGUCCUGCAUGCUGUGGAUGGUGAGGGACCGGCGGCGCUACGCCAUGCUGUCCUCUCCCUUCAUGGUGGCCUACGGGAACCUGCUGAUAGUGCUGCAGUACAUCUGGAGUUUCGAGGGGAUGUCAGUCGUCCCGGGGUUCUUCGUCAAGAAGAAAAACCCGUUCCACUCGCUCUCCUCCAAGGUCCUGUGUCUGCUGAGCUUCUGGCUGCUGCUCAGACAAACGCUGAUGGAGAGAGUGGAAAAACAAAAGGAAGACAGCGCUGGACUCUCCGACGUUCAUGUAGUGGAUCAGGAGAAGAAAGAGGAGGAGGAGUCUGAGGACCGCGGCGAGCAGGACACCAUGCAGGUCCUGGGCAACAUGGUCAUGGCUCUGCUGGUCAAAUACUGGAUCUACAUCUGCGGUGGGAUGUUCUUCAUCGUCAGCUUCGAGGGAACCAUCGUCAUGUACAAGAUCAUCUACAUGAUGAUGUUCCUCUCCUGUGUGGCGCUUUACCAGGUGCACUACGAGUACUGGCGAAGGAUCCUGAAGUACUUCUGGAUGUCGGUGGUGAUGUACACCAUGCUGGUCCUCACGCUGGUCUACACCUUCCAGUUUGAAGGCUCGGUGCAGUUCUGGUCCAACAUGUUGGGCUUGACCGAGAUGGGCCUGAGGGAUUUGGGCCUGGAAGUGUUCACGCUGUCCAAGUUGUUCACCAGGAUUCUCAUCCCCACCUCUUUCCUGCUGGUGUGCAUCCUCCACCUGCACUACUUCCACGACCGCUUCCUGCUGCUCACGGACCUCCAGGCUGUCGUGGCCAAAGAGGAGAGCACAAUCUACAGACUGGUGCACCAGGACGGCAGCCUGGCAGACCUCACCUUGCUCAGCGCCAGCUCGGUGGACGCGGCGCUGCCCAGAGAGCCGGAGGAGGUGCAGGAGAAGCAGGAGAAGCAGGAGGAGCAGGAGGUGUGGGAGCCGGAGAAGGAGAAGAAGCAGGUCCUGGUGGUUGUGAUGGACAACACUGACAUGGGAGGCGAGAAGCGAGGCAGCUUGCACGACCUGCCGCAGUCCAGCACAGAGGAGAGCCACCACUGCAGUGCCGGGACCGGGCCGGAGCCGAGCACCGAGCAGAGCUCAGAUCUGAAAAAUAAGUGGCACCUGGUGAUCGACCGUCUGACUGUGCUCUUCCUCAAGUUCCUAGAGUAUUUCCACAAGCUGCAGCUGUUCAUCUGGUGGCUGCUGGAGAUCCACAUCAUCAAAAUAGUGUCCUGCUACAUCGUCCUGGUGUCUGUCAAAGAGGUGUCUCUGUUCAACUACGUGUUCCUGGCGUCCUGGGCCUUCGCGCUGCCGUUCAGUCAGUACCGGCCGCUCGCCUCCAGCAUCUGCACCGUGUGGACGUGUGUCAUCAUCGUGUGUAAGAUGUUGUACCAGCUGAAGACCAUCAGACCCCCGACCUACUCCAUGAACUGCUCCGUGUCGGAGACGUACUCAAGCGACCAGAAGACUGAGCUGCAGGAUUCUCUGCUGUAUGUGGGACCAGUGGAUCCGGCCAACUGGGUGGGCCUGGACAAAUCCCCUGACCUGCUGGGAUACCUCAGGAACAACCUGCUGAUGUUGGCUCUCCUGGCGUUCGAGGUGACCAUCUACCGCCAUCAGGAGUUCUUCAGGCUGAGGAACAAGCUGUCCCCCCCCGCCGCUCGCAUCAUCUUCCACGACACCACGCGGCAGCACCUGGACAUCGGAAUCGUCAGCUUCGUCAAAUACUUCGUCAACUACUUCUUCUACAAGUUUGGACUCGAGACGUGCCUGAUGCUGGUGGUCAACGUCAUCGGGCAGCGGAUGGACUUCUACGGGAUGCUUCACGGCUUCGCUCUGAUAGCCGUCAUGUACCGGCGGCGGAGGAAAGCCAUCGCGGAGAUCUGGCCCAAGUACUGCUGCUUCCUGGCCUGCAUGAUCACCGUCCAGUACUUCGUUUGCAUCGGGAUCCCGCCUGCAGCCUGUAAAGAUUACCCCUGGAGGUUUCCCAAAUCUUUCACAGACUCCAAAGUGGUGAAGUGGCUCUACAUCCCAGAUUUCCACACCAAGCCCAAUCCGUCCUUCCUCAUCUAUGACUUCAUGCUGCUGCUGUGUGCCUCGCUUCAGAGGCAGGUGUUCGACGACGAGAACAAGGCGGCCGUCCGCAUCAUGGCCGGAGACAACGUGGAGAUCUGCAGAGACCUGGACGCAGCCUCGUUCAGCGUCCACAACCCCGUGCCCGACUUCAUCCACAGCAGGUCCUACCUGGACAUGCUGAAGGUCAUCAUGUUCAGUUACCUGUUUUGGUUCGUCCUCACCAUCAUCUUCAUCACGGGAACCACGCGCAUCAGCGUCUUCUGCAUGGGUUACCUGGUCGCCUGCUUCUACUUCCUUCUCUUUGGCGGAGACCUGCUACUGAAGCCAAUCAAAAAGAUCCUGCAUUACUGGGACUUCCUCAUCGCCUACAACAUCUUCGUGAUCACCAUGAAGAACGUCUUCUCCAUUCUGGCUUGUGGCUACAUCAACGCUCUGAUCCCAAAUCAGUGCUGGUUGAUCCAGUUGCUCAGUUUGGCCUGCACCAUUAAAGAAUAUAAGAUCAAAAUCAACCAGGAUCAUCUGCCGAAUCAUGAGCGCUGCGAGCUGCCCAGUGACGAGGCCGGGAUCAUCUGGGACAGCAUCUGCUUCGCCUUCCUGCUGCUGCAGAGACGAGUCUUCAUGAGCUACUACUUCCUGCACGUGGUCGCCGACAUCAGAGCGUCGCAGAUCCUCGCUUCCAGAGGAGCUGAGCUCUUCCAGGCCACGAUAGUGAAGGCGGUGAGAGCCCGACUGGAGGAGGAGCGCAAAUCUGUGGAGCAGCUGAAAAGACAGAUGGAGCGCAUUAAAGUGAGGCAGCAAAAGUUUAAGCGGGGCAAGGAGAGGAUGCUUAGCAUGGCGCAGGAGUCCGGAGAGGGACCGACGCUGGUGCAGCCCGAGGACGAUGACGACGGGGCACAUCGAACGAAAGCCAAGACCAAAAAAAAGCAGUGGUGGAGGCCGUGGGUUGACCAUGCUUCCAUGGUUAGAAGUGGAGACUAUUACUUGUUUGAAACGGACAGUGAGGAGGAAGAUGAGGAGGAGGAGAAAAAAGACGACGAGGUUCCCAAAAAGUCGGCGUUUCAGCGAGCUAUUGGGAAGUUUGUGUCUGCGGUUCUGGCUUUGCCGCGGUCUAUCAUUAAACUGCCUAAAACCGUCCUGCAGUAUGUAGUGAAGGCAGGCAAGUUCCUUUACCACGCCUGGAUCACAGACCCUAAAGCUGCACUCAAAGCUCGAGGAAAAGAGAAACGCAAAUUUUGGAAGAAAUACACAAAGGGAGUUAGACGCAGGAAAACUAAGAAAGAUGCAGCUCAUGUGACUGUAGAGGUCGGUGACUCGUCUGAUGGGCAAGAAAAAGACGAGAACAAGAAGUCUGGACCAGACAACAUCAUCAAGCGCGUGUUCAACAUCAUAAAGUUCACAUGGGUCCUCUUCCAGACGACGGUGGACAGCUUCACCAAGUGGAUGAACGACAUGUGCAGAGAGUACAUCGACAUCUCCACGGUGCUGCGCAUCGAGCGCUGCAUGCUGACGCGAGAGGUCAAAAAGGGUAACGUGCCGUCCAGAGAGAGCAUCCACGUCUACUACCAGAAAGCCAUGAGGCUCAACAUGUCCAGACAGGCCAGCAUGGAUCAGCUGAGUGAGGAGGAUUCGGUCUGCGGCUCCUCCCGAGUGCGGAGGAGGAGAGGAGGAUACUGCAUGGAGAGCCAGGACUCCACGGCCUCCAGAGACAGCAUAUCCAGUGCCGUCACUGAGGCCACCAACCUGUUCUCUCGCCAGUCCACGCUGGAGGACCUGGACGGGAUGCCGGAGUGCAUCCCCAAAACCAGCGAGCGCGCCAGGCCCAAGCUGCGUAAGAUGUACGGCCUGGACCAGUCCAACUCCUCAAUGGACAGUGCCGGCAGCUUCAUGUCCAGCGAGGCGACCCAGUGCGUCACGCUCUACUCCAGACAGGGAACCACAGACACUAUAGAAGAAGUGGAGGAUGAGCACGAUCAAGGGGAGGACAAGCAGCAGGUCCCCUGGGAGUCCCAGCAGCUGGACGACAGUGAGGUGCCUGAGGACGGUCCCUGGGGUGAAUCCAGGGAGACAGAGAAGGGGGACGACGAGGGGAUGGAGGGGAUGGAGGGGAUGGAGGGGAUGGAUGGAACUGACGGUGAAGAGGCUGUGGAGGAGACAGAUGUACCAAAGAGCAAAGAGGGACAAGAAGCUCCCUGGGGGUCUUUUGGCCCAGAUGAGGGCACCUCCCUCAGGGUGGAGGAGGCAGAGUCUGUCCCGUAUGUCCAGGACAAAGACUUCAUCUCUGAGAGUGAAGACGGAGGAGGACAGCAGGACCUGAUGCAGACAGAGGGGCGGAUGGGACUGAUCUACACCCCCGACACGGACGCUUCCAAAGUGUCUGACGCCGACGUGCCUCCCAGCUACAGCAAGGCGGUCAGCUUCGACCGCCUGGAGGUGAGCGAGGACGAGAGCGACAAGGACAGGAAGCGGCGUAUGAUUAUGACCUCAGACAGCCACUCGGACAGCAGGUCAGACAUCAUGUUACCGUCCAUGACCACCGAGCUGACCGCCAGUGAACUGCUGCUCAACAAGAUGUUUUAUGACGAAGAGCUGGAGCAGUCAGAGACUUUUUACCAAAGGCAGCCGCUAAUUCUCCAGCUCUGCUACGCCUUCUACAACAUGCUGGUGGCGCACUCUGAGAUGGUGUGCUAUCUGGUCAUCAUCAUCAACCACAUGGUGUCGGCGUCCUGCGCCACCCUGGUCCUCCCCAUCUCCAUCUUCCUCUGGGGCAUGCUGUCUGUGCCGAGGCCCAGCAAGCGCUACUGGAUGACUGCCAUCAUCUACACUGAGGUCACAAUUGUCAUCAAGUACUUCUUCCAGUUCGGCUUCCUCCAAUUAACCGCAGCAAUUACCGAAAAGGAUAAACCAUUUUACCUUCCCAACAUCAUCGGGGUGGAGAAGAAGGACGGUUAUGUCCACUACGACCUGGUUCAGUUACUGGCUCUCUUCUUCCACAGAUCCAUUCUGAAGUGCCACGGGCUGUGGGACGAAGACGACCCCAAGGAGAAGAGGGAGCCUGCCCGUCAGAGCGUGUCCUCGGACCGGGACGAGAGCGGGAAGGAGUCUGAAGCUGCCUCCUCGGUGCUCAGUGACAAGAUGGGCUCCACUCACACCUUGAGGUCCUUAAACUUUGGGACCUCCAUAGAUUCCGGACACGUCCAGGUGCAGUUCCCGCAGCAGCAGACCUACCAGCGUCGCAAGAGCUCCAGCGGAGGCUCGCACAUCUCUCACCGGUCACAUCAGUCAUCUGCCAGAACAAAAAGAGGAAGCACCACUUCCCACAACAGCAGCCGCAGGGACGGCAGCGAGGCCAGCGUCCAGCAGAAGACCCGCAAGCAGAUGAUCGUUGAGAAGCUCCGAGAGCAGCUCUACAAAGGGAAAGCCUUCAUCGUAAAGCGGUUCUUGGAGAUCUACCUUCCCAUCAGGCAGUUCUUCUAUAACCUGAUCCAUCCAGAGUACAGUGCCGUCACAGACGUGUAUGUUCUGAUGUUCCUGUCCGACACUGUGGACUUCAUCAUCAUUGUGUUUGGAUUCUGGGCGUUUGGUAAACACUCGUCGGCAGACAUCACAUCGUCUCUGUCGGAGGAUCAGGUGCCGGGACCUUUCUUGGUCAUGGUCCUGAUCCAGUUCGGGACCAUGGUGGUGGACCGGGCCCUUUACCUCAGAAAGUCUGUCGUGGGAAAGGUCAUCUUCCAGGCUCUCCUGGUGUUUGGAAUCCACUUCUGGAUGUUCUUCAUUCUGCCAGGAGUCACUGAAAAGCGUUUCGGUGAAAACAAGGUUGCUCAGAUGUGGUAUUUUGUCAAGUGCAUCUACUUCGGCCUGUCGGCUUAUCAGAUCCGCUGUGGUUAUCCCACCCGCGUUCUGGGAAACUUCCUCACCAAGAGCUACAAUUAUGUCAACCUCUUCCUGUUUCAAGGUUUCCGCCUGGUGCCGUUCCUGACGGAGCUGCGUGCCGUGAUGGACUGGGUUUGGACCGACACCUCGCUGUCUCUGUCCAGCUGGAUCUGUGUGGAGGACAUCUACGCUCACAUCUUCAUCCUGAAAUGCUGGAGAGAGUCUGAGAAGAGGUACCCGCAGCCCCGAGGCCAGAAGAAGAAGAAGGUGGUGAAGUUCGGGAUGGGGGGGAUGAUCGUGAUGCUGCUGAUCUGCAUCGUCUGGUUCCCGCUGCUUUUUAUGUCUCUCGUCAAAUCGGUAGCUGGAGUCGUCAACAAGCCGCUGGACGUCACGUUUGAAAUCACCCUGGCUGGUUUUCAGCCCAUCUUCACUAUGAGCGCUCAGCAAAAACAACUGCAGAAUGUGACGGCGGCCGAAUUUACACAUUUUAAAAAGACAUUUAAAAAAGAUGAUCCCUUGCAGUGGCUGGAGACCUACAUGCCCGAGGACCUGGUCAUCGCUGAGCUGAAAGGAAGCUCCAACUCUCUGUGGACCAUCAGCCCCCCCAGCAGAGCCAACCUGAUCGAAAUGCUGAAAUCCCCUGAGGACUUCCCCAUCACUGUGACCUGGAGCAUUCAAAGAAACCUCAAUCUCGGUGCCAAGGCUGAAAUAGCUUCUGGGAAACGAGUGACGAAUCUGGAACCGGAAACUAGGACGGACCUGGUAAAUGUCCUGAAUGGGUCAGGAAAUACUUCACAUGUGAAUCUAACAAACACCUUUCCUCGUUAUAUCCGAGCCCCGAGUGACGCCGAGGCCAAACCUGUGGAUCAGCUUUACGAUGAUAAAGAAAGGAUGAUGGAUAUAAUUUUGACGUUGAAUCGACCGGAGAGUUCCUCCGAUCAGAUCCAGGAAUGGUGGAUCGUCAACCAGACGGAGCCCGGCCCGAUACCGAAGAAGAAUGAAGGGCGUGAAGGGCUGCAGCUGUACGUGUUCAGCGACCAAGUCAGUCCGCCCAGUUUGGGAUUCCUGGCUGGAUACGGGAUCAUGGGCCUGUACGCCUCGGUCGUUCUCGUCAUCGGCAAGUUUGUGCGCGAGUUCUUCAGCGGCAUCUCCCACACCAUCAUGUUCGAGGAGCUCCCCAACGUGGAUCGCAUCCUCAAGCUGUGCACAGACAUCUUCCUGGUCCGAGAGACGGGGGAGCUGGACCUGGAGGAGGACAUGUACGCCAAACUCAUCUUCCUCUACCGCUCGCCAGAAACCAUGAUCAAGUGGACCCGGGAGAAAACUGAGUGAAACUCAGCGAGGGGACGUUAAAUCAUGGAGGCUUCUUUUCUGGAGAUGCUGGGUGGUGUGAGCCGCUACUUCAGCCGGUUUCCCAGCUGAUGGAGCACGAAGCCGCCGAGGACCUGGUGUGUCCUCCUCACACUGAGCUCUGGUGGCGGCGACGCAGCGUUAGCUCCACACAAAAACACUUUUUGAGUUAAGAACUGGUAUUUUUUACUCUUAACUGAUGAAAAACAGCAACAAAUUGCAGUUACAUUAUUAACGAUGGAGCACAAAUUUGCCGGUGCUGUAUAAACCUCGCAAAAAAUCCUGGCUCGGUUUGGAAAGCAGCCGGUGUUCAGUUGGAGACGGACAAAUCUUUUUGGGACAGUUUUUCUUAAGUUAUAAUAAAGUCUCCUGAUACUAAGGUGGAUUUUUGUCCACACACCCGUCGCUGCUCUUCACACUGUCGUCCUACAUUUACACAACCGCACAGCAGGCGGAGAGAAGCUCGCACUGGCCGCAACAUUACACUUUAAGGGCUUCCCACCAAAAAAAUAGAUGCACAAUUAAUGACCACAUGAGCACAAUCUCGUAUUUUCUCCGACUGGAACACUUUUGAUUGUGGGACUGUGCAAUACUGAGCUCCUGGUUCUCUCGACGUGGACCGAAAGAGAAAGGCUGCGUCUGAUUGGUUUGUUUUUCUAACGUCAGAGGCCUCAUGGGAAACUCUGCAGAGACACGACAAACCGGAAAACAUCAGACAAUCUUUACUUGCCUUAUUUUGUUUGUAUGAGACGAACUGAAACUCUAAUCAACUACAUAUCUUUCUCAGGAAGAGCAGUUUUCACAGAUAUUGUAUGUGUUUAAUGUUACAACAUGUAGGCUUUGACGGAUUUAAAAAGAUUAGGAGACCGAAGAAGCGUUGAGAACUAUUUAAACGGCAUGAAAUUUUAAAAUGUGGAUAUUGUCCAGAUGGACCGACACUGAGUAUGUUUACCGCACAUGGCCGCAGUUUAUAAGGCUGCGUUCAGAAAGUACAUUUCAUCGCUGUGGACUUUUUUCCCCCCUCCACACACACACAAGGAGAUUAUUUGCCAAUCAUCUGAUCCAUGUUCUGAAUCACCUACAGGUUGGCUCGAGUCGAAACCAGCAGAGGGCUGGUUCUGAAUCAGGGUAACGUGCAUUAGCUGGUGGACUCUUGCACUUCGCUGUUUUUAAAACAUUCACGAACUCUGUGGCGCCCACAGCUGUGCAGUCAGUCGUCAAGGAAAAACUGAAAGAUUCCUCACAUGAAGGGCUCUGACGUGAAGCCCUUUGGUCCAAACUAUGCAUUAGAGGACACUGUAGCAUGAAAGAGAAACUUCAUUAUUAAUUUUCAUUACAUGUACAUUCAAGUUUAAAGGGGACGGGAUGGGGAGGAAUGAAAUGUGAAAAUGUACCUGUAUGUUAAGGUAAUGUGGUAUUAUAGAGGUCCAGAGAUCUGCAAAUAAAACGUCU